AGGUAAGCGCGCUUCACUCGGUGCUCAUGUCGGACACUCGGACUCCGAAAGCGCCAUUUGUUAGGGUUCAUAUAAAUUCCUCCAACCUCUUUCCUUCGUCUGCUUUCUGAGGAUUAAGGAUUCUGAAAAUUCUUUUGGGUCUUUUGGGUUUUCGUUUACGGCACUUUAGUUUUAGGGUUUUUGUGAGGUGACGAACAGAAAGAAUCAGCAGCGAAGAUGGGAAGGUACAGAAGUCGUAGCAGGAGCUACAGUCCCCGGCGCAGCAGAAGCCCUCCUCCUCGGAAGCGAUACGACGAUCCUAGGGAUAGAUAUCAAGGUAGUAGGUCUUACAGGGAUAGACGAUCUGGUCCUUCUGGAUUGCUUGUUCGCAACAUUGCCCUGGACGCAAGGUCAGAAGAUCUUAGGAUCCCAUUCGAACGUUUUGGUCCCGUGAAGGAUGUAUAUCUUCCAAAGAAUUAUUACACUGGAGAGCCACGAGGCUUUGGGUUUGUUAAGUUCCGCAAUGGUGACGAUGCUGCUGAAGCCAAGAGACAGAUGAAUCAUCAAGUUAUAGGUGGACGUGAGAUAACCAUUGUGUUUGCUGAAGAGAACAGAAAAACUCCUCAAGAAAUGCGUAGUACCGCACGUAUAAGUAGCCGAUAUGGGGGAGGCUCUAGAAGGCGAUCUCCACUGAGGUCCCCAAGACGUAGAUACCGUUCUUAUUCACGGUCACCUUCACCACCCAGGCGUGGCUCGAGAUUAUAAAGUGAAAUGAGAGACUUAAAGAAUUCAUCGAUUAGUAAAGACUAAAGAGAAAAGAGAUAAAGUGACUACUUGGUUACCUAUCUUUCAAAGCCACUCGAGAAGUAUUCAUUACUGACCUCAUCUUCAUCAACUGUAACCAACGAAUGGCUUGGGCUUUCCAAAUUUUUGGAUUUUGGCUUGUAAGGCUCAGCACCACUAAAUUGAACUGUCAAACCCAUGGUUUGUGAGAUAGAUUACAAUCACAAGAAAGCUUUAUUUUUCUUACAUUAUGCAAUUUUUUAAAAUUUGAUAUCUUGGUUUUGCAUACUAUCCAGUUAAGAAAGAAUCUAGAGCUUAUAAUUGCCAAAAGAGAGAAAUCUUGAUCUCCAGAGAAUGGGAGCCCAUUGAAGUUCCAUACUGCUAGAGGUAGAGGGUAUCUUCUGGAUAGCCAUAUUUUCCAUCAAGAAGAUAAUUUGGGUUUUAGAAAGAUGGGGCAAAGAGAGCUGUAAAGUUAUCAGUUGCUGAUCAACCACCUCCCCUGGUAGAGCAUAACUCACUGUGUGUGGACCAAAAGUUUCUUAUUUUUGUCAGAAAUCUGAAAAAAGGUGCAGGUAAAGGUCAUGUAUCCUGUGCUUGGAUUCUGAGUGAAGAUUUAAGUAAAGGCUUUUCUCGCUUGGCAACAAGUGAACUCAAAUCAGUUAUAUUUACUUGUUACAUUAUUCAAAAAAUUGGUUGAUUAUGUUAUUGUUUUGUGUUGGAUUUUUAGGGAGUUUUGGAAUAGUUUAGGCUCUUUCAUGCGAAGUGGAGAUGGAGGUGUUGUUUAUUGUAUAUCCUGCCUGGAUAAAUCCAUUAAUGCUCCUGGACUGGUUUUUAUCUUUUCUAUAUUUUACUUAUAUAUGCCUUUUGUGAUUGAUAUAUUCUUUGUAUAAUAUACGCUUGAAUUUUGGUGUUGAGUGUUUUUUUGUGCUGGUAAAAGCAGAGACAGAGACCGUGGUGCUAGGGAUGAUUAUUACUCACCAUCACGGUCGAGAUCCAGAUCCAGAUUGAGGUCCAGGUCAAGAUCGAGAUCAAGAUCCAUCACACGGUCCCCCUCGCCUCGCAAUGGGAGGGACUAUAGGAGGUCCCUAAGCCCAAAAGAGAAUGGUCGAAG